AUGUCGGCCCUAGCCCAGACUGAAUGGCCAACAACUCCUGUGCCUCAGUCAAUCAAGCAGCUUCUAGGCUCGUUCUUCGAGCUGGGUGACUCCAAGUCCGAAGACGCGGCCCGCCGGCUUGCAGACGAAAUAUUCACGCCCGAGGGGCAGAUCAUGGUGAACAAACGCACCAUCAACGGUGCUAAAGAAAUAUCCUCUUCGAACCGCGGCCUCCUCUCCAGCCUCCAAAGUCGCCAGCACAGGAUUGCAAAAGUGUAUACCUGCAACGAAUCGGCCGACGAUCUCAUGUUGAUUGGAGUCGUGACAUGGACGUUCGACGACGGGCAAUCACUCGACGGCCCCUUUGCGGCCAGGGCGGUCGUUCAGAGCACUGGGGGUCCCGGGACACCGAGGUUGAAGUUGUAUCAAGGUUGGGCGGAUAUGUCGGAGUUGUUGGCUGCAUUGGCAGAACCGAAGUAG